CCUGUGCCCGCGGGGCAUCGCCGAGCCACCUUCCGUUAGGCGUUCGAAGCGAGCCCGCGCGACGGGACAGCGGGGCCGGGACGUCUCGCGAGAUCCGUGCCCCGCACGAGCCCGACCGGCGUCUUGGGAGCGGUUGAGGUGGUGGGAGCAGCGUUAUGGACGAGGAUCUGGUGGUCGCGCUGCGGCUGCAGGAGGAGUGGGACGUGCAGGUGGCGCGGCGCGCGGCGGCGGCGCGGGAGCCCGUGUCGUUGGUGGACGCGUCCUGGGAGCUGGUGGACCCCACCCCGGACCUGCAGGCGCUCUUCCUGCAGUUUAACGAUCGCUUCUUCUGGGGUCAGCUGGAGGCGGUGGAGGUGAAGUGGAGUGUGCGCAUGACGCUGUGUGCUGGGAUCUGCACCUAUGAAGGGAGAGGAGGCAUGUGCUCUAUCCGUCUCAGUGAGCCCCUGUUAAAACUAAGACCGAGAAAGGACCUCGUAGAGACUCUUUUGCACGAAAUGAUACAUGCCUACUUAUUUGUCACUAAUAAUGAUAAAGACCGGGAAGGACACGGCCCAGAGUUCUGUAAACAUAUGCAUCGAAUCAACCAACUGACAGGAGCCAACAUAACGGUCUACCACACUUUCCACGACGAGGUGGAUGAGUACCGCCGGCACUGGUGGCGCUGCAACGGGCCCUGCCAGCACAAGCAGCCCUACUACGGCUAUGUGAAGCGUGCCACCAACAGGGCACCCUCCGCUCACGACUACUGGUGGGCUGACCACCAGAAAACUUGUGGAGGCACUUACAUAAAAAUCAAGGAGCCCGAGAACUAUGCUAAGAAAAACAGAGGAAAGACAAAAGCAGGCAAGCAGCCAGCAUCGUCAGUAGAGAAUAAAGACACGCUGUGUAGAGGGGAGGUCCAGCCGCUCGUCCCGUUCAGUGGGAAAGGCUAUGUUCUCAGAGACACAAGCACUUGUCCUUCAGCGGGGAAGCUGAACACCUCACACAUGGUUAAUGAAGCCAAAGGGCUCUCAAGUCAAGACCAGUCACCGAGUGGCCUGAGGCUCACUUCCAACUUUGAGGUGAAAUGUGAACAGAAUGGUCUCCCAAAGAAACCUCAUCUUGUCACCCCUCUUCCCACUGCUAGUCACCAAAGUGUCCUGAGCAGCUACUUCCCCAGAGUCUCUGUUGCCAACCAAAAGGCUUUCAGAAAUGUGAAUGGAUCCCCAGUCAAGAGCGGGACCACUGGGGAUGGUACCAAGCUUUCUGCCUCAGCAGGCUCUCAGAGAAAGGUUCCACCUUCCAGGGCAUCCCUGAGAAAUGCCUCCAAAGUCACGGCAUCAGCAUCAGCAACUGUGACAUCUGCAGCUGGGACACCCACAGCCAUGUCCCGAGAGGAGAGUGGGUCUGAAGACCAAUUCCUAAGCAAGCGACCCAGGUUGGAGGACAGGACUGCUUUGGAUAAUAUCAAAGAGCAAACACAGAGAGGUGGUGACCUUCAGAAUAGCUCACGGCCCACAGCCGCCAGCACACCUCGGAGCUCCGGCAGUCAGCGAAGGCUGGUCAACUGUCCAGUGUGUCAAGGCGUGGUUUUGGAGUCGCAGAUUAAUGAGCACUUGGACCGCUGCCUGGAAGGCAACAAAACCAACCUGCGACCUCGAAGAGUGUGAGAUGGAGUGGGUCCUACACCGCCUGUCAUUUUGUGGUGGUGUCACCUGGCAGGUGAAGGACCUGUGGGUUACAGUCUGACUUACUGCACCAGCACAGUGUCAUGUUUUACAUACACUCAGUGAGCAGUUGUAGUUGAAGUCUGCGUCUCCAUCCAGGGGUGUCCCUGCAAUAGCAGAUGCACAGGAAGAUGAGUCGGGGCAGCAUCAGCCCAUGCGUGACCUGGUAAUGCAGGCAGCCUCUCAGGAGCUUCGGUGUCAGUGGGGCGUGUUCAGCCACGCCUUACCAGGACAUGGGCUCCAUUUGUCUGGUGUUCGUGUAUGGCUGUAUGUACUUUUGGGUUUGUUUGGUUUGGUUUGUUCAUGAAGGUUUUAGAGUACUUACUAUUUUUAUUUAUAUAUUCUCAAGAUAGGCUUAUCAGGAGUCCUGACAGUUGAAUACUUUUAAUGUUAAGCUCCAUUCUCUAAGCUGAUGUUAAACUUUUUGAGGUCUGACACUUUGUUCAGAUAGUAUGAAAAACAAUAGUUGUCCUAAAAGUACUCAGAGUUUUGUCUUUUUUAUUUUAAAAUCCUAACAGCAGAUAAACUUUCUAUAUUUUAAAAGAUUUUACUUUCUACAUAAAGGUGGUAGCAAAUUUUAAAGACUUCUAUAUUCUCAGUAAUUUAUAUUUUAAAUAUAAUAU